UCCCCUCCUCUCCUCUCCGACACUCGAGAGUCCAAUAGAGUACUACCCAAGAACACCGAUCCGAUCUCCUCCCUCCCCUAUAAAUCCCUCUCCCCUCCUCCUCCUCCUCAACAUCAAUCGAUCCCACGCACCGCCGCAUUGCGUCGUACCCAAGGCAGCCCAGGUGAGGAAGUAAAGAGAGUUCAGCUCGAUGGGGUCGCAGGCGAUCGAGGCCCACCGCGAGGGCGCAGAGGUGUACCGCGGGGCGGCGCUGUGCGCGGAGAAGGCGGUGGAGCUGCUCGCGGAGACCCACAUGCCGCUGGGCCUGCUCCCGCUGGCGGAGAUGGAGGAGGUCGGCUACAACCGCGCCACCGGCUUCGUGUGGCUGCGCCAGAAGAAGUCCAUCACCCACACCUUCAAGCAGAUCAGCAGGCAGGUCUCCUACGCCGCCGAGGUCACCGCCUUCGUCGAGGACCGCCGGAUGAAGCGCAUGACCGGCGUCAAGACCAAGGAGCUCCUCAUCUGGGUCUCCCUCUCCGACAUGUACAUCGACAAGGACGACCCCUCCAAGAUCAACUUCAAGACCCCCACCGGCCUCGGGAGGACCUACCCCGUCGAGGCCUUCGCCAAGGAGGACGACGGCAAGGCCAAGCUCCCCGCCGCCGCCGCCGCAGCGGCCAACGGCAAGGAGACCGCCGUGAACGCCAAGGCCGGCAAGUGAGGUGGCGCGGCUAGUCUUGCGGGGUUUAAGGUUAACGGCCUCCUCUUAAUUGCUAUACUAGUGCUCUAAAUAAAAUCAAGGCUGCUGUAUUACUACUCUGCUCCGGUUUUUUUUAACCGAGAGCAUUAUACUCGUGUGUCACCAAUUUUAUUUUUCGUGUGUUUUAUGAAACGGGGAUUAAUCGUGUGAGCCUUACAGUACCAUCACGAGGAGUAGAUGAGUCCCUGAAAGAUGUUCAUGAGCUUGGACUUGAAAAUCUUCUCAUUGCCGUAAUUCUAAUUCUUGUUUGCAA